AUGAAGAUGAAUUUUCACGACAAGGUGGUGGAGCUGGCCAGGCGUCAAGAUUCCAUCACUGAUGGAGGCACUGUUUAUUCCGUCGUUUAUGUCACGGCACAGCCAACCUUUACCGGUGUCAUUGGAGGCUAUACCACUCUCACCGACGACUCUGCUGCAGAGACGGCUACCCAAGCUUCCAGUCCGAGCGCUGCCGCAACGAAUUCUGCUCCCUCAUCUGCUCCCACCGCCGGGUCGUCGAGUGUCUCAAGUGGGAGUCUUGCGCCGACCACUGCUACUCCCUUGGUUGCACCAACAACAAGAAACAACGGCUCUCCAUCUGGCUUGUCGUCUGUGACGAACACAGACAGCGGCGCAGUUGCUGCGGUUACUGGAACCCCCGAGUCUUCGUCCACCUCCAGUUCCGGCCUGUCGACUGGUGCGAAAGCGGGUAUCGCCAUCGCGGUCAUCGCCAUCGUUGGUCUCAUCGCUGUCUUUUUGCUGUGGCUGCUUGGGAAGAAGAGGCGUGAGCGCGAAGCGCAAGCUGCUGCAGACAAUGAGAAACCCAAUCCUAGUGCUGGAAUCAGCAGCACUGAGAUGGCACUCAGGAGUCCGCCCAUCAGCUCAACUGCUCCACGAAUAAGCCUCAGACCUGUUUCUCGAAUGUUGCCCGAGUUCAUGGGAUCGUCUUCUAAGAGCAGACUCAGCGCUGGCAAUUUACUCAACACCAUCGGAGAAUCUGGUUCUGCCCCAGCUACCGGCCCUGCUCGCAAUCUGAGUCCCUCACCUCAACCUCGCGGUCCAAGCCCAACCCGCCUCCGAGGUCCAAGUCCAACUCGCCCUUCACAGGAUGACCACCCGAACAACCCUUUUGCUGAUCCACAGAAUCCUUUUGCAGACCCUGAGAAAUCCAUGGAAGCCCCUGGCCCGGUCACUAAUGCAACAUCCGCCGCGAAAUCAGCUCCUGUCGUUCCCAUCAUUGCCGUCACUGGCGCUGCUGCUGCUGCCGCUCCGAUCAACGAGACCAAGGCAGCCCCGAUCCCUCGUGAAGGAUCAGAGACCAUUCCUGCUCCGAAGCCGAUCACAGCUCCUAUGACGUCUCCUGCAUCGGCACCAAUCCCGACACCGGCCCCAACUGCGGAACCUGUUUCCGUUCCGGUCCCUGUAUCUGCUUCGACCACUGCUCCCGCUCCUGCUCCUAUCCCUGUCCCUGUUGCCGUAUCCACGCCGAAGCAGCCUGCUUCUCCAGCCUCUUUGGCGCCCGCAUCUCCAGCUCCAUCCUCCGCGGCCGGUUCUGCAUCCGAAUCGUCUCAAGGCAAUGUUUACCGAGUUCUUAUGGAUUUCGCGCCUUCCAUGGACGACGAACUUGAGUUGAAGAACGGCCAGCUGGUUCGUUUACUGCAUGAGUAUGACGAUGGAUGGGCGCUUUGCAUUCGACUUGAUCGAUCUCAACAAGGUGUGGUUCCUCGAACAUGCCUCGCCGCCAAGCCGUCCAAGCCCAAGCCAUCCCAUCUGAACCAAUAUGCCCGACCACCACCACCUGGAGGACCGAUGUCCCGCCCUAUGUCUCCCGCUGGUGGCCCCAGAACUCCGAUGGGUCCUCAACGCCCGAUGAGUCCUGCCGGGAGACCAAUGAGUCCAGCAGGAAGAUCAAUGAGCCCAAUGGGAAGGCCCAUGAGCCCGAGCGGAAGAAUGAGUCCGGCCGGAAUGCGGCGACCGAUGAGCCCAGGCUUCAAUCAGGGACCGAGAUCGAUGUCUCCGGGCCCUAGGAUGGGACCGCCGGGUCGCAGCAUGUCUCCUGGGCCAUACGGUGUUCGGGGUGGCCCGCCACCAAUGGCUGCAGCAAAUCGACCAAGGAGCAACUCUGCCAGCAACGUCAGAGACAAGCGCAACUCUCCCGCUGGUCCGUCAAAGCUGCGACCCGGCUCGGACCUUGCUUUUUAG